GUAUGUUUUUACGUCCCGUCGGAUUUCAUAAUGAGCGAAAAUACAGAACAACGAGUGUGCAUUAAAUUUUGCCAUAAACUGGGAAAAACGGCUACUGAAACCUACCAAAUGUUAUUGUUAGCUUAUGGAGAUGAAACCAUGUCCCGUGCUCGCGUUUUUGAAUGGUUUAAACGAUUUAAAGAGGGUAGAACAACUGUUAAAAGUGAUGAACGUGAAGGACGCCCAUCAACAAGCCGCAAUGAGGAAAUGAUACAAAAAAUACGAACAGCAAUACGAGUUCAAACCAUAUUGACGACUGAUUUAGACAUGAGAAGAGUUGCAGCCAAAUUUGUACCAAAACUGCUCUCAGGUGAGCAAAAAGAAAAUCGAAAACAGAUCGCCACUGAUUUGCUAGAGUGUUCCGAAUCUGAUGAUUUUUUUUUAAAAUCAAUUAUAACUGGUGACGAGACUUGGGUAUAUGGCUACGAUCCAGAAACAAAGGUACAAUCUUCGCAGUGGAAGACACCUGAUUCACCACGACCAAAAAAGCUCGUCAAGUUCGGAGUCAAGUGAAGGUCAUGUUGACCGU